AUGGGCUCCUCUGACAACAACGAAUCCACCAUGAAAGCGACGAAAGAGGAGAUGAAAAAAGCCGGCAUCGACUUAGCCUACCGCGAUUUUUGCGCGCACCUUUUGAUUCCGUUGAACGAAUGCCGACGGAAAUCGUUUUUCCUCCCGUGGAAGUGCAAAGACGAACGACACGUGUACGAGAAGUGUCAGUACGAAGAGUGCGUUAUAGUAGAUGUUGUCAUCGCUGCUCUCUUUAUGAUCGAUCGAGUUUUGUGA